AUGCUCCCUACGCCCGAUACUUCACAUGUCUCAUUUGACACCAUCUACGAGCCAUCUGAAGAUUCAUACCUCUUCUUGGACACCCUAUCAUCAGUAUCAGAAUCAAAAUGGCUGUCUGAAAGGUUUCAAAAAAGCAGUGACUCCGCAGAUAAGAGCAAAAAUGCCUUGCCUUUGGUUGUGGAAGCCGGCACAGGAUCCGGCGUCGUGUUAGGUUUUGUAGCAGCACACUCCCAACAGAUCUUCGGGCGCCAGGACAUUCUCACACUGGGAACCGAUGUGAACCGGAAUGCUUGUAUCGCGACCAGGGAGACUGUGUCUACCGCCAUCAAGUCCAUUCAACAUAAGCAAGAAAACACGGGAAACAACUCGAGCCUUCACUCUGUUCACAUCUCCUCUUUGACUGCCGAUUUGUGCACAUCCUUAUGCCCUGGAAGCGUGGAUGUUCUUCUCUUCAACCCACCUUAUGUGCCCAGCGAAGACCUACCGCGGUUACCGACCGCAACGGAGAAUGAUCCAGCUGUGGCCCAAGCUAUGUCUCGCUCGGCCAAGUUCGAGAGCGACUCUUUCUUCCUUUCGCUGACUUAUGCGGGCGGUGUGGAUGGCAUGGAGACGACCAACCGGCUAUUAGACGCCAUUCCUGGCAUUCUUUCGGUGCGAGGAGUAGCCUAUGUGUUGCUAUGCAAGCAGAACCGACCGGACGAGGUGAUGACGCGCAUUCGCGAAUGGGGUGGUUGGUGUGCCGAAAUUGCGGGAUCGAGCGGCAUGCAAGCUGGUUGGGAGAAGUUAGUGAUUGUUCGGAUAUGGAGAGAGGGCAACUGA